AUGCAGGACGAUGUGGCGACGGACAGCGUUGCGAUGGAGGCGAUGGAAAAGUUAGGUCCGCGUGAGAAAUGGCGCAUUGUGAAGAAUAUUGCUGUGCUGGGGAUCGCGUUCAUGAUACACUUCACCGCGUUCCACGGCACGUCCAAUCUGCAGAGCUCGCUGCACAACGACGGUUCGCUGGGAGCGUACACACUGGCCUGCAUCUACGGGUCACUGAUUCUGUCCAACCUGUUCCUGCCGGUGCUGGUGAUCAGGCUUCUGGGAUGCAAGUGGACGGUCGUGGUUUCGUUCGUCGCCUACAUGCCGUACAUUGCGGCCCAGUUCUAUCCGAGCUUCGCCACGCUCAUACCGAGCGGGUUGGCCGUUGGGUUCGGCGGUGGACCACUUUGGUGUGCCAAGUGCACGUACCUUUCGAUCAUAGCGGAAGCGUUCAGUGUGGCCACCCGGCGCCAGGUCCGCACCGACUAUCUGAUCGUGAAGUUCUUCAGCCUGUUCUUCGUGUUCUACCAGCUGGCGCAGGUGCUCGGCAAUCUGAUAUCGUUCACCGUGCUUUCCUACGGGGAGGUUGAAUCGGUGGUGAAUGGAACGGUUGAAUCGAGCGUUAAUAUAUCGGUGACGUGCGGUGCGAACUAUGCCGCGCCAAUCCACCAAGCGGCAACGAGUGCUAUUGAUCUGAAGCGACCCGAGCCGGAGCAGUUGAACCGACUGACCGGUAUCUUCCUAGCGUGCAUGGUGGGUGCGUGUGUUUCCGUUGCGUUGGGUGUGGAUUCCCUCAAAAGAUACAACAUGGUUCGCAAAGGGCCCGAGCAUAGAAUAUCCGGGAUGAACACACUCGUCAUAACCUUGCGGCAGCUUACUCACCGAUACCAGCUGCUGCUUCUUCCCAUUGUGGCGUUCAUCGGUGUGGCACAAGCAUUUAUUACGGCCGAUUUCACAAAGUCAUUUGUGGCCUGCGGGCUCGGCAUCAGCUACAUCGGCUAUGCGAUGAUCAGCUACGGACUGGCGAACACGGUUGCCGCGGCCUGUACCCCGUACGUCACGAAGCACUUGGGCCGAAAGCUACUGAUUCUGGUGACGUUCGUCUUCCACGCGGCGCUGAUCGUGUUCAUGCUGCUCUGGACACCGACGGACGAGUAUUACAAAUAUUCCAUCAUUGUCGCCUGCUGGGGGUUGGCCGAUGGCGUCUGGUUGAUUCAAAUCAAUUCACUCAGCGGUAUUUUGUUCCCGGGAAAUGAAGAGGCUGCGUUCAGCAACUUCCGGCUGUGGGAAGCGUGCGGUUCGGUCGUGAUGUACUCAGCCAGUUCGUUCUUUCCCACCUUCCACAAGCUGCUGUUUGUGCUGGGAAUCAUGACUGUGGGCACAAUAGGAUACGGAACGAUCGAAUUUAUGGAAUAUCAAACGAAGCGAAUAGAUCCGGAAAAGCGGUUCGAAGUCGUUAGUCAAGAACCAAACGAAAGUUAA